AAUGAAAAAAGUGUUAACGCUUGUAUUCAAUAUUUCUAUUAUUAGGAUGGAGCAAAUUUAUCUAUUGAUGAUUUAAAGGAUGUUUUAUAAGGAAAUUUAGAUAUUGUAAUUGAAAUUUAAGAUCAUAUUAAAAACGUAUGUAUCUAUUUAAGCAAUAUAAUAGCAUAUACUUCAAUCCAGAAAUACAGUAGAUAUGAUUGUUUAAAAGAAAAUACCAAUCUAUGGUAUUAGUACAGGGUUUGGUAAAUUCAAAGAAGUAAUUAUAAAAUUAUAUAAUCAGAUUUACAUUCCCCAUUAAGAAAUGGUAGAAUUAUAAAAGAACUUAAUUAUAUCUCAUGCUUCAUGUGUAGGUGAACCAUUAAAACCAAACAUUGUUUUGGUAAUGAUGAUUUUGAGAUUAAAUUGUCUUAUCAGAGGAUUUUCUGGUGUAAGAAUGUCUCUUAUAGAAUCUCUACAAUAAGCAAUAAAUAAGAAAUUAAUUCCUAAAGUUCCAUGUUAAGGUUCAGUAGGAGCAUCAGGAGAUUUGGCACCUUUAUCACAUCUAGCAUUAGGUCUAAUGGGGAUUGGUGAGAUAUGGAAUGAUGGAUAAUAUAUAGCUGCAGAGUAGGCUUUAAAAAUACAUGAUUUUGAACCUCUAGAAUUUAUGGAGAAAGAAGGAUUGGCUAUGAAUAAUGGAACUUAAAUGAUGGCUGCAAUAAAUUUAGAAACUUUAAUGAGAUCAUAAUAUGUUAUGAAUGCUGCAGAUCUAGCUUUAGGAUUAACAAGUUAUGCUUUAUAGAGUAAUAAUUUAUAAUUAAUUUAUUAGCUAAUUAUCAUUUCUUAAAAAACUAUACAAAGAGUGAUAAUAAAUCAAAAAAUAUAGUAUUUAGUUUAAUUGGAGAAUAAUGGACAGAUUAAAUUAAAACUAAUCCUAAAAGUAUAUAGACUGCAUUUACUAUACAUUAAAUUGUUAGAUAAUCAAUAUAAGAAAAUUUAAGGAUUUUAGAGAGAGAGAUUAAUUCAACAAGUGACAAUCCAAUUAUUGAUAAUGAACAACAAUCUGCAAAAUCAGGUGGUAAUUUUCAUGGAGAAUAUAUGGGAAUGUUGGCAGAUAAUUUAUGUAUAGCAUUACAAAGACUUUGUAUAUUUAGUGAAGUAAUAAUAUUAUAUUGAUUAUAAUAUUAGAGAAGACAAGAAAGAUUAGUAAACUCAGAAAUAGGGGAUUGUGGAUUGCCUAUGUUUUUAACAUCAAAAGGAGGAUUAUUGAAUGGAUAUAUGAUUCCACAAUAUACUAGUGCUGCUUUGGUUUCUGAGAAUAAAGUACUAAGUCAUCCAAGUUGUAUUGACACAGUUCCAACAUCUGCAAAUAUAGAAGAUCAUGUUUCUAUGGGAGCAUAUAGUGCUAGAAAAGGAUUAUAAAUAAUUUAAAAUGCAGAAUAUAUAAUUGCUAUUGAAUUGAUGUGUGCAGCUUAAGGAUUAGAAUUUGCAAAAUUUUAAUUACCUCCAAAGAUUUAAAGUUGUCUCAAAUAUAUCAGAAGUAUUAUUCCUGAUGUUAAAACUUAAGUAAAUUAUAUCAAUAUAUAUAUAGGAUAUAUUUAUGAACUAAUACAUUGAAUUAAUGGCUAAGAAUCUAAGAAAUGGUAAUAUUAAUAAUUUAAUGGAAGAAUUAUAAUUAUUAUGA